AUUUGUAUUAUUGUCACUCGUUAAAUUUCUUUCAACGGCUACGCCAAACAUGACGCUCAUUCGAUGCACCGUUCAGGCACUGGGAAUCGUGUUGACGAUUUCCGGUGCACACUGCUCCGUCCUGCCCCGUACAUUUGAUGUCGGACAACGAGUCAACACGACGAGUGGAAUCAUCCAGGGCCACGCAGCGGCCAACCGCUCAGAUGUAUCUGAAUAUCUCGGAAUCCCAUUUGCACAACCACCAAUUGGAGACCUGCGGUUCGCCGCCCCAGAGCCAUACCGGUCCAGCCUCCCAAUCGAUGCCAGUUCGUACGGACUGAUGUGCGUGACAAAUACUGGGAAUCCAGACUACAGCGUGCUCACGGCCGCCGGGUACAAUCUUACCCCUACAGCGGAAGACUACCUGAGGACAAUCACAGGCCAGGGUAAUGCUAUGGGGGAAGAUUGUCUCACCCUGAAUGUGUGGACGAAACCCCAAGUCGGAGAGAGGGCAAAGGCGGUCUUGUUCUUCAUCCACGGCGGCGGCUUCCAGGGCGGUUCCUCCCACAAUCCAUUCUUGACGGGCCAGUACUUCGCAGAUGAUGAGGACGUCGUGGUCAUCUCGACCAAUUACCGGACCAAUGUCUUUGGCUUCCCCGGCCUACAACCCUCGGUAGCCAAUGUCGAGCCCAACGCCGGUCUUCUGGACCAGCGUCUCGCGAUCGAAUGGGCGAGAGAGAACGUAGCAGCGUUCGGUGGAGAUCCUGAGCGUAUCACACUCUUUGGCCAGUCCGCCGGCUCGACCUCCAUCUCGACAUAUGGUUACGUCUACGCCGAGGACCCCAUCGCCCACGGCCUGAUCACCCAGUCCGGAACAGCCGACAGCUUCGGCGCCCCGGCCCCAGACUCGACGGCGUCGUUCGCGGCCGUCGCGACCCUCCUGGGCUGCAACACCACCUCGGCCACCGCAGAAGGCCUCGCCGCGGCAGUCUCGUGCCUCCGCGCCCAGCCCGCGGAAGCGGUCUCCGCCGCCGCCGCAAAGGUGCCCUCGACGACCUCGGUCCUGGGCACCUUCGCCCCGACCGCAGACAACAAGACCGCCUUCGCCGCGUACGACUCACUCACCGAGUCGGGCGCCUUCGCGCAGGUCCCCCGCCUGCACGGCAGCAACGCCCAGGACGGCAACUCGUUCGCGAUCGACUUUGCGCUGCUGGGGCUCGUGCUGCCCCCGGCGUACUGGGCCUGGCACACCCUCGCCUUCUUCGGGUGCCCCACGGCCGAGAGCGCCGAGUCCCUCGCGGCGGCGGCGCCCGACGUCCCGGCGUGGCGGUACGUGUAUGCCGCCGACUACCCCAACAUGCGGCUCACCGUGGACCCCUCCCUGGGCGCGUACCACGGCGCGGAGCUGAACCCGCUCUUUGGGACCUCCGAGGCGCUCGGCGGGCGGGACACCCCCGCCGAGGCCGCCAUGGGGCGGUACAUGCGGGCGGCGUGGGCUGCCUUUGCAAAGGAUCCCGUGGACGGGCUGGCCGGGGACGGGUUUGGGUGGCCGGCGCUGCCGGUCGGGGAGGAGGACGGGUCGUGCGAGGAGGAGGCCCAGCUUGUCGUGCUGGGGCUCGGGAACGCCACCGAGGCCGUGUUCCAGCCGAGCUCUGCGUGGGACUCGAACUGCACUGCGGUCAUGGGCGUGCUGGAGGCGCUUGGUGGUGUUGGGGGCCUGCUCAUUCUUGCGCCGUUUGUGGGCCCGGUCCUUGAGGGCAUUGACGAUGGUGAUGUUAUUGCUGUCGGGGAGGCGCUGCUGGCUGCUGCUCAAGCGGCUGCUGGGGCCUGA